AUGACGGUGCCUGACUUAGACUUGGACCUGCUGACUUUUCUCAAAGAACUCAGCGAGCAGGAGUUCAAUAAGUUUAAGCAGUUGCUGGAGCAGGAGCCCAUGUGGCUGGAGCUUCCACAGGUUCCGCUGUCCGAACUGCAGCAGGCCGGGCGGGAGGAUGUGGUCGAAGUGCUGAUGGACGCUUACGAGGUUCAGUACACGUGGAACUUGGCUUUCGACUUAUUUGCAAGGGUCCCACGUCAAGAUCUCUGCGAUAGGAUCACCAGGAGAAAAAUCGGUCACAGAGAGAUGAACAAAGCCCUCAUACACAGAAAGGUCCUGAGCCAGUGGGAGAUAGCUUACUUCGGAUCGUCGCAUGACAAUUUUGCCAUGGAAGUGGUAAUCCAGCAUUUAUACGUCCUGGGUCGAACUUUUACUCUUGAAAACGGCUAUUAUGAAGAGAACAUGAACAUGUUCGUGUUGGGAGACAACGCGGUCGGGAAGACCAUGAUGUUGAACGCCGUGCUGGCCUCGUGGGUCAGUGAGGAAGUGUGGCAGGACAUCUCCCACGUGGUCUACAUCACCUCCCAGGAGGUCAACCAGAUCCCGCACUGCAGCCUGGUGGACCUCAUCUCCAAAGACUGGCCCGGGGGCAUGGCGCCCAUCGCCGACAUCCUGUCGGAACCCAAGAGGCUCGUUUUUAUCCUGGAGGAUUUGGACAACAUAAACUGGCCCUUGGAUGUGGAGGAAUCCGCCUUGUGCAGCGACACCAGAGAGCAGGUGUCCAUGUCCGUCCUGCUGGCCAGUCUGCUGCAGCGGAGGCUGGUACCAGGCUGCUGGUUCCUGAUCACCCUGAGGUGCAGGGGGAGAGGCACCAUGAGGGCCCUGAUGAAAGACUCCGACUGCUUCCUGACCAUGCAGUUCGGCGAUGACAAGAGGGAGCGUUACUUCACCUUGUUCUACAAGAACCAGCGGAGGAUAAGCACGGCCUGCAAACUCGUGAGUGAGAAUGCGGUGCUGACGAGCCUGUGCCGGGCCCCUGUGCUGUGCUGGAUGCUCUGCGUCGCUGUGGGCAGGCGCAUCGACCAGGCGGACAUCAGCUCUUGCUACCAAACUCGUGCCGACGUGUUCACCCACUUCCUGGCCGCCGUGCUGAGCUCAAAUGUGAGCCGCGCUGACGGCCCACGCCGCCUGGCCCUCCUGGAGCGUCUCUGCGCGCUGGCCGUGGAAGGGCUGCUUCACAACACCCUGAGUUUCCAAGACGAGGACUUCCGGAGCGUGGGUCUGAGCCAGGACGACGUGUCCAUUUUGGAGACCGUCAGGCUCCUGCUGCCCAGCAGCAGCCUGAAGGGUCACUACACUUUCAUCCACCUCAAGAUGCAGGAGUUCUGUGCGGCCAUCGCGUACAUGAUGGUCCUGGUCCACUACCAGAUCCCCCGGCUCAGAAACAAGCCGGAAGAGAAGAGGGAAGUGUACUCGGACUUCAGCCCUGUGGUCACGUGGAUCUUCGGGCUGCUCAAUGAGAAGAGGAGACAGAUCCUCGAGGCCUGCGUGGGCUGCCAGCUGCUGGACGCGCCCCUGCGGCAGCACUUCGUGCAGUGGCUGCAGGCCUGGGGGCAGCAGGGCCAUGCCUUAGACUUCCACAUGCCCUUGUUCUACUGCCUCUUUGAGAACCAGGAGGAGGCGUUUGUGAGGCAGCUCAUGGACUUCUUCCCGAAGGUCAACGUCUACAUACAGUCCAACAGGGACCUCAUGGUGUCGGCCUAUUGCCUCCCGCGCAGCCAGGCGCUGUGCAAGCUCAAGCUGAGCCUUCUGGAUCUCUUUAAACACCAGGACCCCCACGUGAGGCUCACGACGUGCCAGAUAAGGAGCCUUGCCUACUGGAGAGAUAUCUGCUCUUUGUUCCACACCAACGAGAACUUUCAGGACCUGGAGAUCUGCAACAGUGAGUUCAACACCACCUCUGGGCGGAUCCUGUGUAAGGCCCUGAUGCACCGUAACUGCCGGCUCCAUACCAUCAGGUUGUCCCAUGUCACGGUGGGUUCUGAUUUGGACGACUUGUUCAAGGUCAUCGUUGCUCUCCAAAACCUGACGUUUCUGAGCCUCAACGGGAUGCAGCUCACGUCCCAGAUAUUUGCCAUUCUGCGGGAGGCGCUGGCGAGUCCUGCGUGCGCCGUGCGCCACUUGCGCCUGAUGAGAUGCGAUAUAAAGGCCAACAUGUGUGGUGAGGUUGCCUCGCUCCUGGUCAACAGCAGGAACCUGAAAAAGCUGAUCCUGUCCAACAACCCGCUAAAGGAUGAGGGCGUGAAGAUACUGUGUGAUGCCUUGCUGCAACCAGGUUGUUGCCUCGAGUCCCUGGUGUUGCUCUUCUGCUGUCUGACGGAAGCGUGCUGCAACUCCCUGGCGACCGUCCUGUUGCUCAACAAAACUCUGAAACACCUAGACCUGAGCGUGAACUUCCUGCAGAACACUGGCGUGCUGAUCCUGUUGAUGCCUCUGGUGCUUCCGACAUGCACGAUCCGGGAGCUGGAGCUGUCCGGUUGCUUCUUCAACAGCGAUGCCUGUUACAACCUCAGCACAGCCAUCCUCCGAAACCCAAACCUGCGGAGCCUGGAGCUUGGGAGCAACAACAUAGGCGAUGAGGGCAUGGUGAUGCUGUGUGGCACGUUGGAGUUCCCCGGCUGCAACCUGGAGAACCUCGGGUUGGACGAGUGUAAGCUAACGGGUGCCUGCUGCGAGUUUUUGGCCUCUAUGCUGGUCACUAACAAAAAACUGAAAAAACUCAAUCUGCUUGGCAACAGGUUUGACAUGACUAAUGUGAGCGCAGGAACCCAGGACAUGGUGCAGGCUGUGAAACAAAGAAACCCCAACCUCAAGUUCACCUCUCAGUCCUGGGCCAAGAGGAAAGGCCUGGCCGGGGGCCUUGAUUACAACUUGUGGGAGCCUGGGUUCUAUCGGAGAAGGUCCAUGUCUGGACUGGAGGCUGCGUCGGGCACGGACGCCCAUGGUUCUUAA